GCAUCUCCUCUCAUCUCCUCUCGCGCACAGCGAGUAGUCCUUCGUCUACCUGGCUGCUAAUAAAACUGUUCCAUUUCCAUCGCUGGGGAAAACCACGCGUUCAGCGACCUACAAUCGCUGACGUAACGAUGCCAGGUACCGAAUAACGUCGAGAAGAAAGAACAUAUAUUUAACCCUCGCGCGCGUCCACCUUGACAAAGUCACGCUACGAUACGCACGACCACACGCGCGCACGGGAGAGAGCAGUUCACGCGCGGCAGAUGCUUCCACGUCCUCGCUGAGAUGAUGGCUCUGUGGACGCUCUUCUGCAUCCUCACCAUUGUGAAAAGCAGUGAUGGAGCAGAUACAGAAGAGAGACUGGUGGAGCAUCUUCUAAAUCCAGCCCACUACAACAAACUGAUCCGACCAGCGACUAAUGGCUCAGAACUGGUGACAGUGCAGCUGAUGGUCUCGCUGGCUCAGCUCAUCAGUGUGCAUGAGAGAGAACAGAUCAUGACCACCAAUGUUUGGCUUACACAGGAGUGGCAGGACUACCGGCUAACAUGGAACCCAGAUGAGUUUGAUGGCAUGAAGAAGGUCCGUCUUCCCUCCAAACAUAUUUGGUUACCUGAUGUUGUUCUUUAUAACAAUGCUGACGGCAUGUAUGAGGUGUCUUUCUACUCCAAUGCUGUCAUCUCCUACGAUGGAAGUGUCUUCUGGCUUCCACCAGCGAUCUAUAAGAGUGCCUGUAAAAUUGAGGUGAAGCACUUUCCCUUCGACCAGCAGAACUGCACGUUGAGCUUCCGCUCGUGGACCUAUGACCGCACAGAAGUGGACCUGGUUCUGCGUGCGGACGUGGCUAGCAUGGACGAUUUCACGCCCAGCGGCGAGUGGGACAUCAUCGCUCUGCCUGGCCGGCGCAAUGAGAACCCCUCUGACCCAACCUACGUAGACAUCACCUAUGACUUCAUCAUCCGGCGUAAACCCCUCUUCUACACCAUCAACCUCAUCAUUCCUUGCAUCCUCAUCACCUCUCUGGCCAUCUUGGUCUUCUACCUUCCAUCAGACUGUGGGGAGAAGAUGACACUCUGUAUCUCAGUGCUACUGGCCCUCACUGUGUUCCUGCUGCUGAUCUCCAAAAUUGUGCCGCCCACGUCUCUCGACGUCCCUCUGGUCGGGAAGUAUCUGAUGUUCACCAUGGUGCUGGUCACGUUCUCCAUUGUGACAAGUGUGUGCGUGCUGAACGUGCAUCACCGGUCACCCACCACACACAGCAUGCCUCCAUGGGUGAAGCUAGUGUUCCUCAACAAGUUACCUGCUUUGCUUUUCAUGCGUCAGCCAUGCAACAGCAGCGAGCGUCAGCGUUUGCGCCAACGCCGGCGUGCCAACGAACAGCAGGAAGGUGGGCGAGCAGGUCUGGCUGAUGGGCUCAUGGCGGGUUUGGGCCUGGGUGGCUCUUCAUCAGGGAGCAAAGAGAACAAUGAGGCGUGCACGUGCUAUGUGAACAGGGCCUCAGUUAAACAGUUUGGGGCAGAGUUGGGUGGUGGAGGGGGGUCAACAGAUGGACUAAACGGGAUAAGGGAAGGUGGGAGAGAGUCCAGGGAAGGAGGUUCAAAUCCAUUGCAAAGCUCUGCUCUACCUCAGGGGAAGCAGCAGCCCCCUACAAUCCUCACCCAGGCUCUGCUGGCCCAGGCCUGCCCAGGGUUCGAGGAGGCUGUAGGCGGAGUCCGCUUCAUUGCAAACCACAUGAAGAGUGAGGAUGACGACCGUAGCGUGAGUGAGGACUGGAAGUAUGUGGCCAUGGUCAUCGAUCGUCUGUUUCUCUGGAUCUUUGUUUUUGUGUGUGUCUUUGGCACAAUUGGAAUGUUCCUUCAACCUCUGUUCCAAAACUACACAGCCAAAACUAUCACCAACACACCCGGCUGACUAACCACCAUCAACCACCACACCAAUGGACGCUACCCACCAUCAGUUGCGACAGGAGGGCAAAGGGAGGAGGUGGGGUCUGCCGAAGGAGAGGGCAAAUGUCACUCUGGACAAACAUUAGGUUUACAUGAACUUUUUUUGGAAAAUCACACAGAGUGGGGAUUUAGUCCAGGAUUCUCGUUCAGGCCUCUCGUCAAGUCCACCUUCCCCUCCUUUUAGGUGAAAAACCACAUAAGCCAAUCGGAGAGAAAGGAGACACCUGUUUACUUUGCUCAGCAGCCAAUCAGCACUCAUCUCUGCAAAUAGAAAGCCAUCCACCGCCAACAAGCUCUGAAACAAGCAGUCUGCUUCCUCAAGAGUCACAUGACUUCUGUUUGUUACCUGUACAUGCAAGCUAGUCAGACAGGGAUGAAUUUAAAUAUCAGUUUUAACAUUGUUUCUAUCAGAUUCUUGUUUAUUUCCCAUGGACUAGAAACCUGUCAUAAUCUAUGUAUUGCAAAAACAUUCUCUUUUCUGUGUGAACAAACGAGUGUCUGGUCCUUCAGAAUGAGCUUUGAUGCAGUAUUGUAUUAUUAUUGGUAUAGUAAAAGUGUGAAUUGUAUUACUACAACACACAACAUGAAGAGGGAGGAUGCCUGGUGAGAUAUGAAACAGUGACAGUGACUGUUUAUAAAGACUGAAGG